AUGAGGGCUUCAAAUAUGAUAUGUGAAUUUAAUGGUUUACAAAGAAAGAUUCUAGAUGAAAACCCUUAUUAUUUCUACGUCCAUUGUUAUGCUAACCGUUUGCAAUUGGUGGUUGUGUCUGUUGCUAGUAGUUGCUCAUUUAUUCAUGAUUUUUUUGAGUACAUCUCCUUGAUUAUAACCACAACAAGUGCAUCUUGCAAGAGAAAGGAUGCUUUAACGGAGGCACAACACCAAGAUAUUUUGAAUAUACUUAAGAGUGGUGAGACAACUCAAGGAAGGGGCUUGCACCAAUCAUCUAGUCUCACUAGACCCGUGAAUACUAUAUGGGGUUCACAUUAUACUACCUUAAUUCGUUUGGAUCAGAUGUGGUCCUCCGUAUUAGAGGUGCUUAUUAUUGAUGAAGAUGGACGUGGACCAUCUCAAGCGGUGGGUUUGAUAGAAAAAGUGGAGAGCUUUAAAUUUGCUUUCAUUUUGAAGCUUAUGUUAAAGUUUUUUGGUAUCACAAAUGAACUUUCAAAAAUCCUGCAAACAAAAGAUCUUAAUAUUGUGCUUGAUAUGGAAUUAGUUGAUGAUGUUAAAUUUCGGUUGGCUACAUUGAGAGAGAGUAGACGAGAUGAUUAA